GGUCUUUAAUGCCCAGAAUUCAAAAAGUACAGUGCUAGACGAACGAAGACGAAGAUGGCAGCGAGGCAAAUGGAAGAGAUUCAAAGGAAGCUAUCAAUGCUCAAUUACCCUAGAGCCAAUGCUCCUGCUCAGUCCCUCCUCUUCGCUGGCAUGGAACGCUACGCCCUUCUUGAGUGGCUCUUCUUCCGUCUGUUGGGUGAUAAGUCGCCGUUCUCGCAACAAAAUAUCCAAGGAGAUGCUAUUGAUCGCGAUGAAGAAACUGGUCGCAUUCAGUAUUUGGCAGAAAUUGCAAAGUUUCUGGGCAUUACAACCACUAUUGAUACUGAAGUUAUCCAAGGACGGGGAAGCUAUGAGGAGCGAACUGAAAUGAUUCGUCUUAUUGUCGAUCUUGUUGAAGCAAGCAUCUAUGCUGAUAAUCCAGAUUGGAGUGUUGAUGAGCAGGUUGCCAAAGACAUACAACUCAUUGACUCUAUUGCAGAGAAACAGGCUCAAAUAUUCUCAGAAGAAUGCAAAUUGUUUCCUGCUGACGUUCAAAUUCAGUCCAUAUAUCCAUUGCCAGAUGUUUCUGAGCUGGAAACUAAGCUUGCAGAACAAUCUAAGAUACUGUUGAAUCUUCAACAGAAAGUUGAUGAUUUAGCAUCAAAGCAUGCUUACAACCCAGAUGAAGAGUACACGGAGGUAGAAUCUCAACUGCGGGCACACUUGGAAUCUUUUCUUGAAACAGCAAGAUCUUUUAACAUUAUUUACACUAAGGAAAUCCGUCCUUGGACACACAUGAUGGAGGUUCCACAGCUUCAUGGCUUUGGUCCAGCUGCCAACCGAUUGUUGGAAGCAUAUAAUAUGCUAUUGAAGUUCCUGGGCAACUUGAGGAAUCUUAGAGAUUCUCAUGCAGCUCUGGCAAUUGGAUCAUCUGAAACAAUUGCUGGAGAGCCAUCUUCCGUUACAAGAAUAAUAUCAGAAUGUGAGUCUGCAUUGACAUUCCUAAAUCGUGAUCUCGGUAUUCUCUCAGCUUCCAUUGCCCGCGAACGUGGUCAGCAGGGUGAAGAGGUUACUUUAUGAUGAAAGAACGUGUAACAGAUCUUCUUGCAUUUGCAAUUCGGAUUAGUGUGCAGCCAUGACAACCGAUUUCUGAUAACUUAAACCAAGAGUGUAGUUAUACGGAAACAAUUUGCGGUAUGCGAUUCAGCAUAGUUGUAUCAUCCUGUGAUCAGUGUUGUAUUGUACCUAUAAACUGACUGUUAUUGCCGAUUGUCCAUAGUGAAAUUUUUCAUCACAUUGA